CCUCUCCACUUCAAGCCCCUUCGCUCGCGCAUCAUCUUCAUUAUUAGCUGAAUUUCCUUCAUUCAUAAACAUUAUCUAAUCGGCUUAAGGCGCUUUACAGCCCAAUAUUAGGCACUGGAAUGCGACUCAACGCUUACAUUCCACUUCUUUAUUUUUGGUUUGAUAAAUAAAUCUCGUUAGAAACCUCUGGUGAUGUUUGUGCAUCUCUUUGUGCUGCUGCUGGAGCCGAGCCUGUGGCGGCUGGUCACAGGAAGCCCUACCGACGAUAACACACUCCGGAGCGGCCAUGGAGAGCAGGGAGAGCCGGGACACAACGAGCACCACAAGGAUUCCUACAGCACUUUCGCUUCCGAAUUUCUGGAGUCUAGAUACCUUUCAGACGAAGGUUAUCCCUUCCCAACUGCACCGCCUGUUGACCCUUUUGCCCGCAUCAAAGUCAGCGACUGUGGAGUAACGAAAGGCUGUAUCAGGUAUGGAAAGCCGGGCUGUGAUGCAGAAACAUGCGAAUAUUUCCUAAGUUACAGGCGCAUCGGUACAGAUGUUGAGUUCGAGAUGAGUGCAGACACAGAUGGCUGGGUUGCUGUCGGCUUUUCUUCUGACAAGAAAAUGGGAGGUGAUGAUGUCAUGGGCUGCGUCCACGAUGAUAACGGGCGGGUGAGGAUCCAUCAUUUCUAUAACGUGGGCCAGUGGGCCAAAGAGAUCAGGCGAAACCCAGCGCGGGAUGAGGAGGGCCUCUUCGAGAACAAUCGGGUGACUUGUCGCUUUAAGCGCCCACUUCAUGUGCCACGUGAGGAAACGCUGGUAGACCUGCAUCUCAGCUGGUACUACCUGUUUGCCUGGGGACCUGCUAUACAAGGUUCCAUAACAAGGCACGACAUUGACACACCCCCAGUGUCUGAUCACAUGAUCAGCAUUUAUAAAUAUGAGGACAUUUUCAUGCCAGCUACAGCCUACCAGACGUUUUCAUCCCCGUUCUGCCUCCUGCUCAUUGUGGCCCUUACAUUCUACCUGCUCAUGGGAAGCCCAUAGCCAGGAUGGCAUACUAGUGGGAAACAUGAUUUCACCAUGAAAACAGGCAGGGAUUAUUACGACUUAACAGCAUUAGAGACAGGCAGCAAUAAAACAGUGUUGGAGAAUAAUCAAAAUAAAAAACAAGCUGUGUAUUGAAAUAACCAGAACAGCUAAUCAUCUGCAGCAAGCUAGAUGUAUGCAGUACAGAUACAGUUCUAGGAAGAAGGCUGUAUUACUAUAGAGCAUAUUAUUCAUCAAGCUCAGAGGCCAUAUAGAUGAAAUGCCUUAGCUUUUUCAUCACAUGCAUCUCCAGUGUUGCUGAUAUGUUCUGUAUUCAUUCACAGCUUGACAAAUCAAGUGCCAAAUACUGUACAUGCAAGUGCCAGUUUGUUCACAGUAGCAUCACACACUAAGUGAUAUUUUGCUCCCAGUAUCACUAGGAGGCGCUGAUUCUUGACAAAGAAUCAGACGCAGCUAUUCUGCAUUAUAACAGAAAUGUCUAGGAUAAUGUCUGGGUAACACACUGAAGUUCUCUAAAAUAUAAUAUUAUAGUAUGACUGUGAAGCAAUGUCUGUUAUCUGUUGAAAUAACACAUUCUAACAACUUUAAGCCCACGUACGUCUUACAACCACAACGCUCCAGCAUCGCAGCAGUAGUAUUAGCAACUCGGAACUAGCUGAAGCAUGCCAGCAAACCAGUAUUUUCUGAGCCAUUCCACAGACACAGGUCUCCACUAGGGCGUCUUUUUUAUGUGCUAUUUUGACAUAAAAUUGGAGCAGUAUUUAUAUUCCACAUAAACUGUAGAAAACUUGUUUUGCAUUUACUAAAUCAGUGUUUAUCUGUUAUUGAUAUCUCAUUAAUAAAGUGUAGCCCUCUCUGGUUGUUUGUUCAUCAUGUUAUGGACUAAAUUGGAUUAAGUAAGGAAUAAAACCCAACAGUGUAUGCUGUUAUAGGAAACUAAUCCAAGACGGGGUGAUGUGAUGUGGCCUGAGUUACUGUUACCACCCGAAGUUGAUUAUUUUCCUCACACAGCACACCCUGAAAUGUUGAUUACAUUACUUUUUUAUUUAUCAGUGAACAACACAUUGUACAUUUCAAACACUUACAGCAAUAUUUAAUGUUGUGGAACAAGUUUAAAGUUAAUUCUGGUUAUUAAUUUCAUUAUAACAGCUAUAAACAAUCAUUCCCUCA